AUGGCAUGCUAUGAACCACUAUUUUGUGACCAAGUGGUAACCAUUCUUAACCAGACAUCAUUUGACAUGAAAGACUGCACUUAUCAGGAGGGAUUUCUGAAUUCCAGCUUUUCCCUCAGUGCUUGGCUGGCCUCCCAUGCUAUACCCAGUGUAGAUGACAUGACUGUACCCCAGGCCAGUGAUCUCCUGACAGAACUAGGACUGGACCACUUCCUGGAUUCUACAGACAGGUGCUCUCUAUCUGACACAGUGUAUGGAGCAGCAGCAGGAAAUGGAUGGAAUAAUGAAUGUGAGCAGUAUCCCAACUACACCUUACCAAUCCUUACAAACAAGAAUCAAGUUUUGUGCCAUGUUCCCUCUACAUGUGAUAGGGUGUCUUGCUGUGUCUACAUUGCUCCUGUUCAAAGACAUGCUGAAGUUGAACUUGUACUUAAUACAUGCAGUUACCAGAUGGAGGCCUCAAUUGAUAACCUUAAAAUCAGCCUUAACUUGUUCACAUAUGCAUGGGGCACAAUAGAGAAAAUUGGAAUUCAUGGAGCUAUAAGAUAUGGCUUUCAUGUCACAAAUGUGGUUACUGAGAAGAAAAUCAAAGUUGAUGGGAAUAUCUCAUUGUGCUUUGAACAAAGCAGCUGUACUGAUGUACUGACCUUCCAUGACCUGCCAACUAGCUAUGUCCAAUGUAAUGUUAGCAGCGGUGAGGCAGCAUUUGAAGGUGUCAGUUUUGACUUUUGGAGGCCAACACAGUGUGGAAAUUUUAAUUUUGCUUCAAUAGUAUGUGAUACAUCAAAGAUAGCAAAUAUUCCAGCAGAGAUGCAGAAAUACUGCAAAUAUCUACCAGACUGCAGUGGAUUAGAAUGCUGCUUUGAGAGUGAAUUUGAUCUUGGCAAUAGAAGUAUAUAUUUUAUGGGGAGGCUGGACUGUAACCAUUUGAUAUUCCAGAUAGAGAACAAAAAAGUGCAGAAAUCACUGGGAGUCCUCUCUAAUGGAAUAACAUACACUGAAAGCAUUGGAAAUCCAGUUGCAUUUAAAGUCAACUACACGAAAAGAGAGAAUGGUGCUAAUUAUGGUGUUGGAAUGACUUUGUUGGCUCGAGGACCAGGAUCUUCAGGAGUUGUAGUCUACAAUAUUAUGGAUGUUAAAACAACUGAAAUAAAUCCAUAUGGAUGUGUAUCUGGCAGAAGGAGAAGAAAAAGACAAUCUCUUGAUUUGUCAAA